AUGUCGGAAGUUCAACAUCAAUCACCAAUUUAUGAAAAUAAAUUAAUUCCAUCAAUAAAUGAUGAAAAUAAUCAAAAUCAAGUACAUCAACAAUCUCAGAAUCAAACAUUACCUCCAUUACAAAUCAAACAACAACAACAAGGUCAACAAUUACCUUCAAUACAAUUACAUCAACAUCAACAUAAUCAACAAACUCAACCUCAACAUCCAAAUGUUAAAACAACAACUCAAAUAAAUUCAAAUGGUACUUCUACAAUAAAGACAAAUUUAUCAACACCAAUUUGUAAAAAUUGUAAAACUUCAACUACACCAUUAUGGAGAAGAGAUGAAACUGGUCAAGUUUUAUGUAAUGCUUGUGGAUUAUUUUUGAAAUUACAUGGUAGACCAAGACCAAUUUCACUGAAAACCGAUGUUAUAAAAUCAAGAAACAGAGUUAAACAUCCAAACCAGGCAAAUAAUGGUUCAAAGGGGAAUAGUGAUCCAAAUACACCAAAAUCUCCUUCACCAUCACAACAACAACAUCAACAUCAUCAACAACAAUUACCAGGAUUAUCUAUGCAAAUGCAACCACCACAUCCAAAUCAUCUUCAAGGUCCACCACAACCCCAUCCAGGAUUACAAGGUGUACCACCACCACCACAAUUACCUUUACCACAUGGAAUAAAUCGAGUAGUAUCAAAUCCUCAACAACAAUCACAAUCUAAAACAACAACAAAUUCUCCAUAUAUUUAUCAUUUACAUCCAAAUCAAACACAGCAACAAGGUCAACCACAAGGACAACAACAACACUUACCAAAUCAUUUAACUCAAAUCCCUGUCCCAUUAAAUCAUCCAAAUUCUGUACCAACUCAAUUUCAAUCAAAUUUAAAUACUAUAACAUCACCAUUAUUAUUAAGUACAACACCUAAAACUACAACAACAAGUUCAAAUUUAAGUAAUAGUCAUAUAGUUGCCGCUGAUGUAUUAGAUAAUUUAAGCAAAAAUGAAAAACCAAGUCAUUUAAACUUGAAUGAUUCUUCUAAGGAUAAAAUUAAACCUUUCAGUCCAACAACUGCUUUAACUGGGAAUAAUACAAAAUUACCAAGUUUAAAUAAUGUUGCACAAGUUAAUAAUCAACCUAUUUAUUCUUCAUCACCAAGUUUUGGACCUCAACAUUCAAUAAUGUAUUCAAAUUCACAAACACCAACAACAACAACAGCAACUAAUGCUCCAACAACUCAGACCACACAAAUGGUUCCAUUACAAGUAUUUGAAGAUGAAACUUCUAAAUUAAAGACUAGGAUAUCUGAAUUAGAAUUAGUUAAUGAUUUAUAUAAAUCUCGUAUUCAAGAAUUAGAAAAUUUAGAUUUUGAACAAAAGGAAAAAUUUAAUGAAUUAAAAAGAAAAUUUGAAUCAAGUGAGGAAUCUGGUGAACAAAAGAAAUUUAAAUCUGAAGAAUCAAAAUAA